AAGGUACGCCCCCUAUGGACCUCGUGAUGCGUUGAGCGCUGUCGCCAUUAGUAAAGUCAAAAGAUGGCCACCAAUACAUGUAUUCGCUGGGGCAUCUGCAGUGCAGGGAAAAUUUGCCAUGACUUUGUCAGUGCUAUUCGUACUCUCCCUCACGCAGAACACAAGGUUGUAGCAGUAGCAGCCAGGGACCUCACUCGUGCUCAAGAAUUUGCAAAAUUACACCAAAUCACCAAUGCUUAUGGAAGUUAUGAAGAAUUAGCCAAAAAUACUGAUGUGGAUGUAAUAUAUAUUGGCACUGCCACACAUGAACACUGCCGCCUGACUCUACUCAUGCUGAACCAUGGUAAACCAGUGUUAUGUGAAAAACCUUUGGCUUCCAACCUUAAAGAAGCUCAGAAGAUGAUAUCUCUGGCUAAAGAAAAGAAGCUGUUCUUAAUGGAGGGCUUUUGGACCAGAUUCUUCCCAGCAACCAUUAAACUUCAAGAAGAAAUAACAAAUGGUUCCAUUGGGGAUGUCAGAUUAGUUGACACCAGGGCGUUCAUCAACUUGUCAGAUUAUCCAGAUGAAAAAUUUUUAAGUCCGAAUUUAUCAGGGGGAUCAAUGAUGCUGAUAGGUUGCUAUGGGAUCCAAUAUUGCUCCAUGAUAUAUGGGGAGAAACCCACAAAGAUAUCAGCCAGUGGGCAUUUGUAUGACACAGGAACAGAUAAGCUAGCUAUUGUAACCCUCAUUUACAGCAGUGGCAGGGCAGCAGUUAUCAAGACAGCAUUGGAAGUGACAUGCACCCCAACAAACAGUGUGACUGUAUAUGGAUCAAAGGGUUCCAUGAAAAUUGGCCCUGUACAGUGGUGUCCUGUGGAAUUAAAAACCCCAACUGAGACAUUAAAUUUUCCUGCUCCUGAGCCUGCAGUAAAGUGCAGUUCUCCUUAUUCUGGUGGUUUCCAGUACCAGGCAGAGGCUGUGAGACAAUGCCUGAUCAAAGGAGAGCUUGAAAACAGCACUAUGCCACAUGAACACAGUUUGUGGAACAUGGAAAUCUUGGAUGAAGUCAGACGUCAACUUGGUGUCCGUUUCCCAGCAGAUGACUAGUAGUUUCAUGGUUGAAAGUGGCAAAUAAAAUCCUUGAUGUAAAAAUUUUUGAUACAACUGGUGACUGUUAUUUGACUUGCAUGGGGUACUAGUAGCUAUCCAAUAAGUAAACUUACAUUUAAGAACACUUACAUUUGAUAAGUUAGAGAGAUGAUGAUGUGGAGAGAAGUAUAGUAAAUGUUUUAGCAAAAUUAAGGCACAUUUUCUGACGAAGUUGCAAUUUAUACUCAGUCCAAUGAUUUUGUAUUCAUAUCUCUACAGAGUUUGUGAUUAGAUUUCAAGCUAAGAAUAUUUAUGUUGUCCAUGAUCUCACUGUUGUCCGUUGCAUUGCCACUGAAAUUAAGAAAAGCUAUCUGCAAAUAGAUUGGCUUCCUAUAUACAGUUAUUGACUUUGGCUGAGGUCACCUCUUAGCUAGGAUAAUUGACCAAAGGCAGGGCAGAGGUCAGUUAUUCUAGCUGAGGGCUGAAAUUAGCCAAGAGGUGACCAAUUUAGCAAGUUGCAGUCUUUAACUACUUUUUUACAUGAUCCAUGAUCACAAAUUUUUAAGAUUGUCCUGCAUGGUGCUUGAAAAUGAUUAAGAUAUUUGCACUCUUUACACAUGGAUUGAACCCAUAUACUGUAGAAACAUAACUUAUGCUCACCUGGUUGACUCUGCCUACUGGAGUAAGACAUUUCUUGUAUCCACUGAUGCUGUUGGGAAUCAUGUGCUGGGCUGUAGUAAAGAAGAGCUAAAACAGCUUGACCCAUAUUUAGAAAUAAUUGUUGACAAACUCUUGACCAUGACAAACUAGCUGCAUAUGAUGCAUACUGGAAGAAAUAAUGUUAUACUUGUUUAACAAACAAAGAAAAUGUUGUCUGGCAGCAAUACUGAGCUUUUAAUACUGACUUUGAACAGGAAAGUUCAAGGGAGAGUACUGUACAUGUACUUGUGGCCUAUGGCCUAUGUUUUUUUCUUUAUAGGCCUAAGUUAAUUGUUAUAUUGUUUAUUUUUAUAUUUUAAGUAAGUGCACAAAUUUAAACAAAGUAUAAAAUUGCACAAGCAGCUUGGAUCUCAUCUGUAAUAUAACCAUAAAUUGCUGCUUUUAUGAGGAAUAAACACAUUAAAAUGCUG